CGUCCCAUCACGUGAAUGCGGGGCCGCACAUUUAAUUACGCAACGAUACGUCCGUUGAGGGAAUGUGACGUGUUAUUGCCCAACUGUGUGCACCGAUAUGGGAGCGAGAGAAGAAGAAGAAGAAAAAGUGGGUGUACACACACACACACACACACUAGUUGUGCCGUGUGGCUCAGUUCAGACGAGCUCACUCAUCGUUGGAUUCCACCAAUCUGAGGACGGCGCGAGCGGCAGCCUGGUCGUCAGUGAUGAGCGGACGCGUUUGCGCAAAGGCUGCGGACUUCCCGCUGCCCGAAGUCAGAGAGCACAGAGAGCAUCGCCCCCUCGGUGGAGAGAGUCAGUGGAUUUAAGCUCGCCUGGAUGGACGUGCAUCUACACUCUGGUACCGCAGACUGGACUUCGGUGUUGAUGAGAAGCAGCCGACUUUACGCACUGUGCCGCCGCUGGGUUUCUCCUUCUUCUUCUCCUCCUCCUCCUCUCCUUGGUAUUAUACAAUGCCAGGAUUCGGUCCAUCAUAUUCUGUCCAGUUGGAGCCGGGCUGCUCAUUCGGAAGGGCGCCAGACCUCCAGCCGCUCAAAUCUGCAAGUUCAGUCCAAUAAAUGGUGAUAUUGUCUGUCAAACCCUUGGAAUAACAAAUCGAUAAAAAAAAAAAAACGGGACGCGAUAUUCUUCCGGAAUUUCUAACGAUCCAUUUCCCCCUCCAUUCUUCUUCAAUAUGCGAUUUUGGUUGGAUCGCGUUGUUUUUUUUGGUUCUAGCUUCACGCUUCUUCUUUUCUCUCUCCUUUCAGCUGGUAGUGACUGAUUAUUGCCGUUGAUUUAUUUUGUUUGUUCCAUGCAAGACUCGGGGUGGAAACAUGUCUGGCCACUUCUUUGAGAGGGACCACUGCUAUCAGAGAUGGCAUUUUGGUCCGGCACUUCGCUUUUCACCUCUAAAGUGCCCCGGAAAAUCGUAUUCAUGUUCACCCUCUCCCUCUCCGUCACCUACUUGUUCUACAGCUUGAUGAGCUGCUACAACUCGCUGCAGUUCCCGCUGCAAGAGAACUACGCGUACCAAGGAAGACCCGUGACGGAGGAGACAACUUUGGUGACAUUGAGGGAGAAACUUUACUCCGCUUCCACCGGGGGAGCGGAGGGACCCGGCGCGGCUUCUUCUUCUCCUCCUCCUCUUUCUUCUUCUUCCGCCGUGAAGGAUCAUGCUGAGGCCGAGCAGAGGACCGUGGAGUGGAUCAGGGCUCCCACGGCGUCUCCGACGAAACCCGCCGCGGCGGCGCGUCACAGCAGCGCGCCGGAGAAGGAGCGCCGCGACUUCAGCACCACGGACCGCGACCUCCGGGUGAACUGCACCAUGGAUUACGGAGAGAAGAAGCUCCCCCAGGCCAUCAUCAUCGGGGUGAAGAAGGGGGGCACGAGAGCCCUGCUGGAGGCGCUCAGGGUGCACCCGGACGUCAGAGCCGUGGGCAACGAGCCACAUUUCUUUGACAGGAACUACGAGAAGGGGUUCGACUGGUACCGGGACCUGAUGCCUUCUACGCUGGAGGGCCAGAUCACCAUGGAGAAGACGCCCAGCUACUUUGUGACCAACCACGCCCCGAAGCGCAUCCACUCCAUGGCGAGGGACAUCAAGCUGAUCAUCGUGGUGCGCAACCCCGUCACUCGAGCCAUUUCGGACUACACGCAGACUUUAUCCAAGAAGCCCGAGAUCCCCACCUUCGAGGUUCUGGCUUUCAAGAACCGGACGCUGGGUCUCAUCGACGCCUCGUGGAGCGCGCUGCGCAUCGGGAUCUACGCGCUCCACCUGGAGAGCUGGAUGCAGUACUUCCCUCUCUCCCAGAUGCACUUUGUCAGCGGGGAGAGGCUCAUCGUGGAUCCGGCGGGCGAAAUGGGCAAAGUGCAGGACUUCUUGGGGCUCAAGCGGAUCGUCACGGACAAACACUUCUACUUCAAUAAGACGAAAGGAUUCCCGUGUCUGAAGAAGCCCGAGGACAGCAGCACACCCCGGUGCCUCGGCAAGUCCAAAGGGAGAACUCACCCCAAAAUCGACCCGGACGUGAUUCGCCGGCUGCACAAGUUCUACAAACCCUUUAACAUGAUGUUCUACCAAAUGACCGGACAGAACUUUGAAUGGGAGCUGGGGGAGGACAGUGGACCCCGUGGCUCUCAGGACUAGCGGACUAGCGGCCACACCACCAGCCUUUCUUCAAAUAAUGAAGACAAAAAUAAACUCCUGUCGCCUCGCUUCGUCUUCAGAGGGAGCGCUUCGAUCCCGCCAAUCAAUCACGGCCGUCUUUGCAGUGUCUGUGUCCAUUAAGCCACAGUUUUUUGCCGACAUGCUUUUUUUUCUCUCUCUCUCGCCCUUCAAUACCAAUGUCGUUGACGGUAAAAUCAUCCUUGUAAAUUAUGAAACAUAAAAUAUAUUUAUAUUUGUGUAGAAAAAAAAGAAAGGGAGAUGAUUUAUUCCCUUUUUUGGGGGGGUUUUGUUUUUAAAGCAUAGAGAUGAUGAUAUAAAAAAAAAACCUGUUGACUAUGGCAAUGCAUGCGAUAAGUUAAGUGUCCUUACCUCAUGAGCCCUACGGCUAAACUCUUGUCUGUUUCCUACCCCCCUUGCUCCCUCACGCCCCCUCACCAGCGUUACGAAAGGAUGUUCUAUUGCGAUAACCUGUUCUGUUUUCACGUCUCCUCACGCUGUCCUGCUGCUUUAGAAGAGGAGAACAAUAAUCCUCUGUGUGUGUGCUCAUCUUUUCAAAAUGGAGACAAUCCUGUGUUUUGGUUUUUAUUAAGUUUACCAAAGUGUUCGUUUACUGCGUGUCAGUGCGGUCUCAUUAAUUGCGCACAUAUUCAACGAGAGAGCUGCAGCUCAGUGGCCGUCGCUCAAUAAUUGGAUUGUUUCACUGCACAGUUGAACAUUAGCAUACUGAUGGCCGUGCACUCGCCACGCGGCGCAGUAUCACUGAUUUUGGCAUCAUUUGACCAAUAAAUCCAUGUACUACAAAUAUCAAAGGGUUAGCUGCGCGGAUCAAACUAUUCUGCAUCUGGACAAAAAAUGAUUUACGGUCGCCUCCCCCCCCUGAAAAUAUCAACGCCCCCCCGCCCCCCGCUCGACUGUUUGCCUGGAGAAUCUCCUCUUUGUCGCAGUAACGCGUGUCAAAGGGGCGCCGAGCGGGAGGUUCGUUAGCAAACAUCUGCCGCCACGCGCUCUCCUGUCGGUGGAGAUUAAUGGCGUGUUAAAUAAACCGCUGGCUGCUGGAACAAAGUCAACGUCGGAGGGAAAAAAAGAAAAGCUACAUACAUGCCCAGGUAAAUUGCCAAGCCAUUACUGUAUGUACUUAACUUGAACGGUGAACAGUGGGACUAAUUGGACAGAUGCUUGUCAAAAAAAAAAAAUUUUUAAUUUUUUUGUUGCUGUGCAAGACUCCUUUUUACUCAUGCAAUGAAAUAUCACUGUUACCCGUCAGAUGUCCUCAUUCUUAUUUUUUUCUUUUUUUCUGUCUAUUGUCUCUGGACUUUUCAUCAAAUGAGACAAUCAAUCCAGCCGAUGAGUCAAUAAACAGUCUGCUACACAUUACUGGU